GCGCCAUGUUGCUUUCUCCUUCUGCUUCUGUUUCUUCUUCUUCUUCUACAGAGAGAAAGAGAGAGAGAACACAAAAACAAAAACAAAAAAAGAGAGCUUUGGACCUGGAUCUUGAUUAUGGCAAGCGGGUGGGUCAAAUCGUUACAAUGCAAGUCUAAAGCUUUUGAUGAUGUUUUCAACCCGAUCAAAAACCCAAACCCGAAUCAUCCUAACCCGAGUCCGAAACAUCUCAUGUCAAGUUACAGUUGCAGGAGAAGCACACAGAGUAUCAAAGACGUGAUCGAAACCAAAAAACCCAAACCGAAACCGAAGAAACCCAAUCCAAAACCGGAUAAACGAGAACCCGACCCGGUUUUAUCACCUUCGACCCGGAUUCGAUCAACCGGAGCUCGUGAUAGUGACCCGUUUUUGCCGACGUUGACGGAACUCGCGGAGGGACAUCAGUCACGUAACGUGGUGGAGAUUAUUUUUCAGACGAGUUGGGGUCCGAAACCGUUUUCGGGUCGGGUUGAAAUGAUCUUUAAAGUGCAAAACGGGUCUAAGACUCUGACCCGUUUUGAGGAGUAUCGGGAGGCGGUGAAAGCUAGAAGCGUCGGUAAAGCGCGUGAAGAGAACGCGCGUUCAGUGGCUGACGGGAACGAGACGAUGAGGUUUUAUUGUUUGGGUCCGAGUCACGGCGGAGGUGGCGGCGCGUGGGGCUUAUUGGGUGCUAAAGGUGGCGGCGCGUCGAUUUAUACAUUCGCCGGGAGUAGUACCGCGAAUGAGAAAGCUGGUGGUGGGAAAGGGAGGAAGGCGAUGUUGGUUUGUCGGGUGAUAGCGGGUCGGGUCACGAAGCAGAGCGGGUUAAGGUAUGAUACUGUUGACUCUGACGUGAGAUCACGGUUUGACUCAGUGAGUGGUGACGACGGCGAGUUGCUCGUGUUUGAUACACGUGCGGUGUUGCCUUGUUUUCUCAUCAUCUACCGAUUGUAAAUUUUUUAUAAAAAAAAUAACGCAUUUUUAUUUUUAAAUUUUCUAACUUUUGACAUUGUAAUUUCAUUUAUCAACGCAAUUUUCCCCUAAUGUUUAGGGAUAAUUUUUAUUUAUUUCCGAUGUAUCAUUGGUAGAAAAUUGUGUUGAUAAAUGGUAAUUAAUUUUGU